AGACUGCGGCGGCAGCAGCCGAGUCCAGGUCUGUUUGUGAAGAUGCGCUCGGCUCGGUUCAGUCCUGAGAGCGCAGACGGUCCAGCCAGCGACGUGGAUGAGGAGGAGGAGCAGCUCCAGAUCCCAUGACGCUCACACCUGCAGUCAUACAGGAAAUACUUCACACAAACAUCAGCUGACACAUGAAGAACUUGAAAUAGUUUGUCUUUUGUGCAAACGUUGUAUCUUCAGAGACAUUCUGCAACAGGAAGCAGCGGUCUACUGCUCAACCAGCAAGUUCUUAAAGGACCGCUGACACAUUAUGGGAGAUAUUUUACCCAGAUCAAAACAUCAAAUCAUUUAUCUCUGUGCAUCCAUGCAAAAUGCUCAUUUUAGGCAAUUAAUGGAUGCACAUUUUAAUCAAAAUAAAAGAAUCAUUAAAAAACAGAAGCGUUCAUCUGGAGUUUAAACAUGACCAAAGCAAUGUGACAACGUUUCCUCACCGCAGAAAAAUGAUUAGCACGCACCUAAUCCUGAUGCAGAACACACACAUUCUCAUACACACUCACACACACCUCAGCAGACUUGCAUUAAUGGACGCACAGCAACAAGAUGAAAGCAGCAGGCGUGUGACAGACUUUAAGGCUGUGCUGAAUGAAAGGAUCUUCUUUACUGGAGCAGUGAUUCAUUCUUACCCCUGUCCCCUCUGUCCAUCCAUCAGCAGUAUUAAUACUCUCCGCUGUGAAGAAAAUAUGCAGCAUUGAAAGCCUGCACUUCUGCAAUUUAAAGCGCUGCAUUGAAAAACAAAAAUGUCUAUUCAUUCCAAUGGAAUCUGAACAUAUGGUGAACUUUGACAAAUAGCUCUAUACUCUGUCCGAGUAUAAAUACUUACUUUAUUAGUAUUACCCACAGAGCUGUGCAGCAUGCCCACCUGAAAGUUAGCAUCGAGGGGUUCCCUACACAAAAUGCAAUGGGAUUUUUCUAUAAAAUGAUCUCUGUGAUAAACACACGUUUAUGAUACUUAUGGGUUAUGUUCAGAUGAAUAACCUCCACAUAUGAACACCGCUUUAUGAUUUUUAAAGUGUAAAUGCAGUUAUCAGAAGUAAAAAGUUAAUGCUAGGCUGUAAACAAACUACAUCCCAUUCCAUGAGGGGGCAUACUAUAGGAACUAAAACAUAAUCAGACGUAAUAAUGUUGGCUAGCGUAUUAGUGCUAAGCUUGCAAGAUACAGUGUUUCCCUCCUCAGUCCUCUAACACAGGGGUUCCCAACCUUUAUUGUGCCAAGGACCGGUGCUUGAACAAAUAGCUCUACACCCCUGGCCGACAUGUCCUUAAAAUGAAGUCAGAGUUUGAAAUAUAUCUCAAAUAAUGUAUGCACUGCCAUUUCCCCACAUAAACAUAACAGUCUGCAAUGAAACGGUUGUCUCCUGUGCGCUCCUCUUCCUACUUGGCGCACCGGUAACUUUCUCGUGCGCAUGAGAGGCUGAGCCGCCGAAUCCCUCGGAACUGGUCUGCGGCCCGGUGGUUGGGAGCCCCUGCUCUAACACGUCCCAUUCAAACGCUAGAAAGCAGAAGUAUUGUGCUUUGAGAGGAACAGAUUUCAAGCUAAAUAUCCAUCAGUGAAGCAUUUAAGGUUAAAGCUUUUGGUUGAGAUUUGAGGUUUCUUUUCCAGAAUUGUAGUCCAAUCCUGUGGAAAUAGAAGCUUUCUUCACAGCAGAAUACAGAACUACAUUAUGGAUGCAAACCUUUAACACAGCAGAGGCUCGGAAAACAUCCAAAGCUCUCGUGCGGCUCUCACUUUGUUGCUUCAGGUAAGUUUUAUGCUGCGUUUGUACUGAGCUUCAAGUAUUUAUAUCCAGUAAUUCCCUCAGGACUGAUUUUAGUUUGGACUGAAACAUGUCUCAAGCAGCAUUCAGACAUCAUGGGAGAGGGAAACCCAGUAUGAUGCCUGUAGGUUUAAUAUUCCCAGGGUCCACAGAGACGGCCAUGAAUCCAACAGUAGAGGGAGGUUCAGAUACAGUGUGUGUUAAACUGAACACUUAAGUUAUUUCUACCAAGCUAGCCCGGGCUAAAUCUGUUUCUCUGAACCCUCACGCUGGAAGGGGACCAAGAUAUUUUUACUGAUCAGGAUUCUGAACUAUUUAUGUCGUAAUGGUUUUAGUUUUUAUAAAUGAUCUGUACCACAGUGGUUUUGUAUUAGCCCUAUAAAUGUCUACUGUAUAUAUAAAGAAACAUGAGUCUGUGUCUUCUUUCUA